GAUUUGUGCAUAUUCAUCCAGAAUUCCCUCCCGCGAUGUCCGCCGCCCCCCCUACACACCGCAUCGUCCCCGUCGCAGAGCUCGAGGGCCACGAAGAUCGCGCCUGGCAUGUAGCAUGGAAUCCCACCAAGCCUCUUCUCGCCUCCUGCUCAGCAGAUAAAACAGUCCGGCUCUACGGUUAUAGCGCGACCACUGACCCGGAGAGUCCGCUGAAAUUUACACAAGUCACUACAAUACCGACAGGUCACCUGAAGACCGUACGCGCACUCGCUUGGGCGCCUUCGGGCAACACGCUCGCCACCGCUUCAUUUGAUGCAAACAUCGGAAUUUGGGAGCAAUCUAUUGAUGAUGCGGACGACGAGGGCGCACCUAGCGCAUCUGCAGAAUGGGAGUGCGUCAGUCUGCUCGAGGGGCACGAGACGGAGUGCAAGAGCGUAGCAUACUCGAGCUCGGGCACCCUCCUCGCGAGCUGCAGCCGCGACAAGACCGUCUGGGUUUGGGAAGUCCAGCCGGAUGCGGACUUUGAGUGCAUGGGCGUGCUCAUGGAGCACACCCAGGACGUCAAGUGCGUCGCCUGGCACCCGUCUGAAGAGAUCCUCGCCUCCGCGUCGUACGACGACACUAUCAAGCUUUACGUGGACGACCCUGCGGACGACUGGUUCUGCUUCGCGACGCUCACCGGCCACUCCUCGACCGUCUGGUCGCUCGCUUGGGCGCCGCGAGGGAGCUACCUAGCCUCCGCCUCGGACGACAAAACGGUCAGGAUCUGGAAGCGGGUAGCUGAGCAUCAGUGGGUAGAGGCAGCUGUCAUCGGCGGACAUGGACGCAGCGUAUAUUCCGUGACCUGGGGCCCCGGGAAGAGCGACGAUCCCCACAGUUUGGGAUGGCUGGCUAGCGCGGGGGGUGAUGGUGUUAUCCGCGUCUUCGACAUAAUUGAACCUGAUGUCGCGUCCGAAAAUCCGACUCACAGGCUCAUCGCCGAAUAUUCUGAUGCUCACGGCGUUCACGACAUGAACGCCAUAGCUUGGUGUCCGCGAGACGGCUUCCAGGACCUGCUCGCCAGCGCAGGCGACGACGGCGUCGCAAGAGUAUGGCGAGUCGUACCUCUGUAAAUUAUGUUGUCACAUCAUGUCACAGUUCGAUUUCCGCCCGGCAUUUCCGAAAAUGGGGCCUACUGUUCUAAUCAGAAUCUAACUCUGGCCUAAGGGUUCCACGAACCAGCGCGAGCCUUACCAUGAUGCCUACCGACUCACUCUUACUGGUCUGUAGUGACGACACGACGAACGGAUGUCGUCGAGGCGACUGUUCUUGUCCCGCCCCUCGCAAAAUCAGAAUCGGGCCCGCGUCUAAUUCGUCUACGCGACUCCAUUAUCGGAUGCCCGUCUGGCCAAACUUCGGCGCUUUCGCACAUAAGGUAGGCUCCCAGAGGGUCCCGUGUUGAGGUUACAGGUAAGAGACGCCCGCAGUCUGCCACCUAGCGCGUCUGCCACCCUGCCCCGCGCGUAAUCCAUGUCCCUCGG